UACUAUAUUUCUUGCCAACUGCGAAUACAUUAGGUCAUUUUCCGAGUCGUUGACAUGUUUUCUCGCUUCACUCUCCGUAUUUUUGGAAGAACUGGGCAUCGAACUUCCUGUACUGUGCGUAGUCUUGUGAAGAUUGCAGGAAGGCCAGGUCUGGUAGACGUAGAAAGCCCGACGCACCCGCAGUUCGUGGAUGAAUUCAAACAUGACUUCCCGUACAGGAUUGACGUCACUGGAGUAAUGGAGAAGCUACAGCUUGAAACCUACUCUCGGGAAUUCCGACCAAAAUUGGACAAACUCCUCCUUGAAUACGGAGCAGUCCUUAUCAGAGGUUUGCCCCUGGACACCGCUAAUGAUUUUUCGAAGUUCUUCCUUUCCCUUGGUCACGAACCACAGCCUUAUAUGGGUGGCGCCGCCAACCGGUCACAAGUUGCAGCUGGAGUUGUGGACACUGGCAAACAAGAAGAAAGCGACGAGGAUUGCAUUGAGCCACAUUGUGAGAUGGCCUACACUCAUAAUUUCCCGCACAUGUUUUUCCUUUUCGCGGAGGUUGCCCCAUCUCCUGGUUGUGGCGGGGAAAGCGGCAUCACUGACAUGCGCGAUGUGCUUCGAACACUCGAUCCUGAGGUCGUGGAGAAGUUCACCAAGCUGGGCGUGCGGUAUCAUCGGUGUUUGCCUGAUCGGAACAACCAAGACGCGCCGCAUCGUUACAGCUACUGGCAAACGUCCUUGUUGACCGACAGUAGGGACGAGGCUGAAUUGAGACUGAAAGAGACGGGUCACAGUCCUGACCAGUAUCGGUGGAACGAGGAAGGGACAUUGUCCUUUUGGACAAAUUGCCCAGCAGUUCGACCACACCACAGGACAGGGGAAAUGAUGUGGUUCAACCAGAGCGACCUCUCACAUUGGUCCUACUUCAAAAAAAUGUCCGCUUUUUACGACGUCUUUAAGGAUGAAGACCCCCUGAAGUACCCCUUCACGUCUUUCUAUGGUGACGGCACUGAAAUCGAGCUCGACGUGAUCCGGCACAUUCGCGAAACAAUGUGGCGAUGCACGAAAGUGGGCCAGCUCAAACAGGGUGAUGUGCUGGUGUUGGAUAAUAUGCGGGUAGGCCAUAGCAAGCUUGGCUUUACCGGAGCGAGGGUGCUGAGAGUCGCAUUGUCCAUGUACACAGCCGCGGAGUGACAUGCGGGACUUGGAAUUGAAAUUAAGUUAAUUAGCCUACAUUGUAAACACCGUCUUGUGCAUCGGACACGAAUAUCAAAAUAAAA